GGCAUCUCAUCCUCCUCCUCCUCCUCCUCCUCAUCUCUCUCUCUCUCUCUCUCUCUCUCUCUCUCCCCAUGUCUUUCUGUCACUCCUUACAAAACACAGCGGAUUCUCUACGUCUCAACUUGCAGAGCAUUCGAGACUCAGCUCACGGUGUGAUGAUGAGUGUCGUGCAGAACAUCUCGGCGGCGUGAGCCUCUCACAUGCCCUGCUUAUGUUUCCUGUGACCCAAGAAGCCUGAGCGUAGCUUUUAGCAUGUUGCACGCUCAAGUUUGUGUGUUUGUUCUCCUCCGACUAUGAGGAUCUUGGAUCAUAAAGAGGGCAAGAGAGAAGCAGAAGAACCCUGAGAAACCUGAGCACCCUGAGAGCACUGCUGGUUCAUUACUGGACUAACCUAGAUGUCUCGUCCAAUGCUGGCUAAAGAAUGUUCUCUUUAGGGGGUCCUGUUGCCUCCUCCUGUGCAGGAUUCAUGGCGAGGAUGUCCGUUCUGCCCUUCAGCAGCAGAGCCAAGGUCGUUCGUGUUUUUUUGGGAUCCAGUCUCCAUUAAGAAAUUGUUUGAACCAUUUUACUGGAGAACAUUUGUUUCAGAUAUUUAGGAACCGUCAGCUUCAGCAUGGUGCUGCGAAUGUGUCCAGGGGCUCGUCUGCUCUCGGUCGGACUUGUGGUGUGCACCCUGGUGGAUAUCAGCGCCGGCCUGAAGUUCUCAGGAGCCGAGGGCCAGUGGAUGGCAUUCCCGAUGUGGAACGCCUGCUGCGAUAGUGAGAUGAGUUUUAACAUGAAAACCAAGAGCUCCCGCGGCCUCUUGGUGUACUUUGACGACGAGGGCUUUUGCGACUUCCUUGAGCUGCUCAUGAACAACGGCAAGCUCGGACUCCGCUUCUCGAUCUUCUGCGCCGAGCCCGUGGUUGUGCUCUCAGACGUACCGGUCAACGACGACCAGUGGCACGCCGUGACCAUAAAGAGGAACUUCCAGAACACCACGUUGAUCGUGGACAAUGAGGUCAAGUGGGUGGAGGUGAAGUCCAAGAGACGGGACAUGACCGUGUUCAGUCACCUGUUCUUAGGAGGGAUACCGCCGGAGCUACGGUCUGUGGCGCUCCGUCUGACUUCGAACGCUGUCAAGGACCAAGUGCCCUUUGAAGGCUGGAUAACCAACCUCAAAGUCAAUGACUCGGUUCCUGUUAUUCUAAACAGCGCGGGGGUGGACAGCGACGCGUGCGACGACGAGAACAUGUGCUUCAACGGAGGAGUUUGCAGCGUCGUCGACAACGAGCCCACAUGCAACUGCUCCGAGACGGGAUUCCAGGGAAAAGACUGCACCGAAGAAGACAACCGUGCUGAAGGUCUGGCACACCUGAUGAUGGGAGACCAAGGUAAAACUAAAGAAAAGGAAGAAUUUGUGGCGACCUUCAAAGGUUCCGAGUACUUCUGCUAUGACCUGUCGCAGAACCCGAUUCAGAGCAGCAGCGAUGAGAUAACACUCUCGUUCAAAACCCUGCAGAGGAACGGCUUAAUGCUGCAUACGGGCAAAUCGGCUGACUACGUCAACCUGGCGCUGAAAAACGGGGCGGUUUCGCUGGUCAUUAAUUUGGGGUCCGGGGCCUUUGAAGCCCUGGUGGAGCCAGUCAAUGGAAAAUUUAAUGACAAUGAUUGGCAUGAUGUCAAAGUUACACGGAAUCUCCGUCAGCAUUCAGGCAUUGGACACGCUAUGGUUACGAUAUCCGUGGAUGGAAUCCUUACCACCACAGGAUACACGCAGGAGGACUACACCAUGCUGGGCUCGGACGAUUUUUUCUAUGUCGGAGGAAGCCCUAGCACGGCUGACCUGCCCGGAUCUCCAGUUAGCAACAACUUCAUGGGCUGCCUGAAGGAGGUGGUUUACAAGAACAACGAUGUCCGACUGGAGCUGUCCAAGCUGGCCUUGCAGGGGGACCACAAAAUGAAGAUUCAUGGCGUGGUGGCCUUCAAAUGUGAAAACGUAGCCACUCUGGAUCCAAUUACCUUCGAAACCCCAGAAGCCUUCAUCACACUACAUAAGUGGAAUGCUAAGAAAACUGGCUCCAUAUCGUUUGACUUCCGCACCACUGAACCAAACGGCCUCCUUCUGUUCAGCCACGGGAGGCCAAAACAGCAGACCAAGGAGGCAAAGAGCCCUGUUAGCCUUAAGGUGGACUUCUUUGCCAUUGAGAUGCUGGAUGGUCAUUUGUACCUGCUCCUGGACAUGGGUUCGGGUACGACUAAAACACGAGCAGUAAACAAGAAGGUCAAUGAUGGAGAAUGGUACCAUGUGGACUUCCAGAGGGAUGGAAGAUCAGGUACCAUUUCGGUUAACACGGUUCGCACGCCCUACCAGGCCCCAGGUGAGAGCGAAAUCUUGGACCUGGAUGACCACCUGUACCUCGGAGGUCUUCCUGAGAACCGAGCGGGACUGGUGUUUCCGACUGAGGUGUGGACGGCACUGCUGAAUUACGGCUUUGUGGGCUGCGUACGCGACCUGUUCGUUGAUGGCCAGAGCAAAGACGUUCGACGUAUGGCUGAAGUCCAAAAGGCAAUGGGGGUGAAGCCAUCUUGCACCAAAGAAGCACCCAAACAAUGCCUGAGCAACCCGUGUCAGAACAAUGGCAUCUGCAGAGAAGGAUGGAAUCGAUAUAUAUGUGACUGCGCUUCUACCGGGUUCCUGGGACGUUCUUGCGAAAGAGAUGCAACUAUCCUAAGCUAUGAUGGCAGCAAGUUUAUGAAGAUCUUCCUCCCAGUGGCUAUGCACACCGAGGCCGAGGAUGUAACACUCCGGUUCCGGUCACAGAGGGCUUAUGGGGUCCUUAUGGCCACCACAUCACGAGACUCUGCCGACACACUACGCCUGGAGCUGGACGCCGGACGAGUCCGCCUGACAAUUAACCUAGACUGUUUCAGGAUUAACUGUACCUCCAGUAAAGGGCCUGAGACGCUCUUCACCGGCCAGAACCUGAACGAUAACGAGUGGCACACGGUCCGAGUCAUGAGGAGGGGGAGGAGCAUGCAGCUGGCUGUGGAUGACUUACAGCCUGCUGAAGGCGAGGUCCCAGGUGACCACACCCAGCUGGAGUUUCACAACAUCGAGACAGGGAUCAUCACAGAGAAGCGCCACCUCUCCACCGUGCCCUCCAACUUCAUCGGGCACCUCCAGAGCCUGGUGUUCAACGGCAUGGCCUACAUCGACCUGUGCAAGAACGGCGACAUCGACUACUGCGAGCUGAACGCCAUGAUCGGCUACAAGAACAUCAUCGCCGACCCCGUGACCUUCAAGUCACGUUCCAGCUACGUGUCCCUCAGCACUCUGCAGGCCUACUACUCCAUGCACCUGUUCUUCCAGUUUAAAACCACGUCUUCGGACGGACUCGUCCUGUACAACAGUGGGGACGGAAACGACUUCAUCGUCGUCGAGCUCGUCAAAGGCUACCUGCACUACGUAGCAGACCUGGGUAACGGUGCUCACCUCAUUAAAGGGAACUCCAACAAGCCUCUGAACGAUAACCACUGGCACAACGUCAUGAUCUCCAGAGACACCAACAACCUGCACAUGGUCAAGAUCGACACUAAGGUCACCACACAGACCACCGUCGGAGCCAAAAACCUUGACCUGAAGGGAGAUCUCUACAUUGGGGGCGUGGCUAAAGAGAUGUACAAAGAGCUUCCCAAACUGGUUCAUGCCCAAGAGGGAUUUCAGGGCUGCCUGGCAUCAGUGGACCUGAACGGGCGUCUGCCCGACCUCAUCUCGGACGCUCUCACCUGCGUGGGGCAAAUCGAGAGAGGCUGCGAAGGCCCCAGCACCACAUGUCAGGAGGAUUCGUGUGCUAAUCAGGGUGUGUGUCUGCAGCAGUGGGAAGGCUUCAGCUGUGACUGCAGCAUGACGUCGUUCGGAGGACAUCAGUGCAACGAUGCCGGGACGACGUACAUAUUCGGACGUGAGGGAGGUAAGAUCACGUACACGUGGCCGCCGAACGACAGGCCGAGCACCAGAGCUGACAGGUUGGCGCUGGGCUUCAGCACUCAGCUUAAAGACGCCCUACUCAUCAGAGUGGACAGCUCAUCCGGACUGGGAGACUAUCUCAAACUGCACAUUGAAAAGGGCCAUGUGGCGGUGAUCUUCAACGUGGGCACGGACGACAUCAACAUCGAGGAGAAGUCCAAGUUCGUGAACGACGGCAAGUACCACGUGGUGAAGUUCACCAGGAGCGGGGGUAAUGCCACGCUGCAGGUGGAUGACCUGCCAGUCAUUGAGCGCUACCCCACAGGCAACAUUGAUAACGAACGACUGGCGAUCGCUAGGCAGCGAAUCCCAUACCGACUCGGUCGAGUAGUUGACGAAUGGCUACUCGACAAAGGCCGGCAGCUCACCAUCUUCAACAGCCAGACUACGAUCCAGAUCGGCGGCUGGGAGCGAGACCGGAGUCGUUCCUUCCAAGGCCAGAUGUCGGGCCUCUACUACAACGGGCUCAAAGUGUUCAACAUGGCCGUCGAGGGCAACCCAAACGUCCGCGUCGAGGGCAGCGUGAGGCUGGUGGGUGAAGCGCCUUCCUCUUCGUCCUCGUCCUCGUCCUCCUCGAUCACGCCUCAAUCCAAUGCCUCAACCUCCAUCAUGGAGACCACCACCACCACCAGCAGCACCACGACCCCCUCCAGCCGCAGAGUCAAGCAGACCACGCCCAGAGACACGCAGCAGACGACAGAUGACCUGCUGGUGGCGUCCGCCGAGUGUCCGAGCGACGACGAGGAUAUCGACCCGUGUGAGCCGAGCUCAGGUGGGUUAGCAAGCCCGACAGGUCCGGGCCUGAAGGGGUACCCCGACCCGGUGGAGGUGGUCCGUGAGUCCAGUAGCACCACGGGAAUGGUGGUGGGCAUCGUUGCAGCGGCCGCCCUGUGCAUCCUCAUCCUCCUUUACGCCAUGUACAAAUACCGCAACCGGGACGAGGGCUCGUAUCGUGUGGACGAGAGCCGCAACUACAUUAGCAACUCGGCGCAGUCUAACGGCACCGUCCUUAAGGAGAAACCAGCCAACGUGGCCAAGAGCACCACCAAGACCAAGACAAACAAGGACAAGGAGUACUACGUUUGAUUGCUCUUUCGCUGGACGUGCUCCAGAAUCUUUUGUUUUUUCAGGACUUCUGGAUAUAUAUUUUUUUUGCUUUGUUUGUUUUUUCUUCUUCCCUCUAUUUGAAAGAAUAAAACAGUACCAUAUCCUGUGUAAAAUAGCAAGAACUUGGGAGGGGAGGAGAAAAAAAAAAAAAAGACAACUUGAAAAAAAAAAAAAAGCAUAGUCUGUUUAUCUAAGAUAUCGCAUUACACUGCAGAUUGAAGGUUUCACUCACGUCCCCGAUGGCAGGCGCAGAAGGACAGUGCUGGCAUGGCGUCAGCUGGACAAGGGGGCAUUUGAGCAAAACAUGGCUGAUUAAAUACCUGAUAAUUAACUGCAAAGCAGGUUAUCAAUAUGAAACCCAUCUGGGCCAACGAAAUGCCAGGAUUGUGCGUAAGAGAGACUACUGCUAAUGUGUCAAUCCUGCCAGAAUGUUUUCCCACACAAAAAAAAAGAAAGAAAAAACAUGCCAGGCCAAAAGAAUAACAAUCAGAAGAAGAGGUUGUGAUUGUUCUUUGCACUGAGAGACACCAGCGAAGGUUCUCAAGAGCCUCCCGGAAACGAAACGUAACGCAAGGAAACCGGCCAAAAGCCUGCCAGAGUGAGGGGGAUCCAAAAGCAAUCUCGAAAGCAAUCUCAAAGCCUUAUGUUCUCAGCCGGAGGAAAACUGUAAGGCCAUUAAACAUACAAAUGAACGGGAAAAAAAAAAAGAAAAGCGACCAUUCGAGAAACUCUUGAUGCACGCAACAGUAUCUUAUUACACAUGUUUAUACACCAACAUCUAAAUGUGCUCUCUGGACUGUGACAGUGGUGUUUUAUAGCCUGUUGUAUAGACGCAAAAUUAUACCUGCUCCUCGAUCAUG